AUGACUGGAAUUCACUACGCGUUGUGUGAUAUGGCUGAUUGCGUCAACUCCAUGUAUGGACUACAAAUCCUUGUAGAUUUCACGAGUGAAAUUUCGGAAAGUGAAGGCAUUACAAGAGCAAUUGGUAUAUCUGUAGUGUGGCUGACAUUGGUAAUUAUAAGGCUGGUCGCCAUCACAGCAUCGUGCAGUGCAACUACAGCUGAAGCAAACUACACUGCCCAAGUGCUACAGAGGAUUCUCUUGGAACCAGGUCUCCAUCCGCACGCAAUGAGAAAUGCCCAGUUGUUUCUCCAUACGUUGGGUACUGGAUUUAGUAUUUGGACGUCAAGUUUGAUAAUGAUAUAUAUUUUAAUUUUCAUUGAAUUUGUUACCAUGGCACAGUUCGUAAACCUUGUUUUCUUAUUCAAACAAAAAUUUCAAACACUAAACAGGUAUAUAGCUCGUGGUAUAAAUUCUCCGGAAAAGGAAGCUAAUGAUAAUCCAUGGGAGACAUUGCUUCAGAAAUCGUGUGUGCAGAAUCUGAAAAGUGUGGAGGAUCAGACGCUCAGAUUGGACGGAUUUUAUCAGGCAUUAACAAGAUCACACAAUAAUUUACAUCACUUCUCCUGCGUCUCCAAUCAGAACGGCUGGCUCCAUAACGAGAGACUGCGUUUUCGUGCUUUGAGAGUAAUUUAUGACGUACUGUGUGAUAUGUGCGCGUCAGUGAAUUCCAUGUACGGGCUUCAGGUACUCCUCUGCAUGGUGUUGUCGUUCUUCGAAAUAACAACGAAUCUGAGUUAUGUUAUAGUUUCAAUAAAUGUGAAAGGCCUACAGGUCCUUGAUUUCACGACGAAAACACUGUUCUGGGCACUUGUACACUUCUUACUCCUGUUUUGUGUCACUGGAUCCUGUAACGCGGCGAGCUGUGAGGCCAACCGUUCAGCCAUCUUGCUACAGAAGUUACUCCUAAGAGACCUCCAUCCGGCCACAGCGGAAGAGGUUAAAUUGUUCUUAAUCCAAGCCAGUAAUCGAAAAGUGAACUUUACGGCGUGGGAUUUCUUCACCAUAAAUUACACUAUUUUGGGAUCAAUUGUAGGAGGCAUUACAACUCUACUUGUAAUCUUGGUACCGUUUCAAAAUGAACACGGAUUUUUUUGAUAUGUUUAAUGGCUAUGUUUGGGUUCUUGUGUCGGGUAGUCUGGUAAAACAUUACUGACGUUUCGGACGUGCUUGCUGUCUCCACUAUCAGGACGAUGCGUUUCUCGUAGUUUGCUAUUAGUUUUAUGAUAUUUGAAGUUCUCCCGACUGCGCAGAUGUCUGUUGUCCCUGAAUAUGGAGGCAGUAUGCUCUUCUAAAACACUGGUGUCUACACGGCGUCCAUAUUCUGUUCCUAUCAUCUGUUUCAGGUGUUUUCUAUGGACUGUAUUUCCGAACGCUGUCCUCACAACCGAGGACCAGAAGUUACAUGGACAUUUAUACCUUCUACAAUGUUUUAUCUGUGUCUAAUUUAUUGAG